AUGGGUUUGUUCAAAAGUAAAGACAAAACUCGCCUUGAACCAUCUGCAGUGGCACCACCAAUUUCCUCAGAUGAAGAAAAUCGAUUCUUGACUCGGAACAAUCACAAUAAUGAUUCUUUCAGAAGUAGCAAUAUCUCGAGCGCAGACACUCGGGUUAAUCAAAAUGCAAACCACAAUCCUGGAACUACGACGACCACUACAACUACAACUACUACCACCACAACAAUAGUCCACAAUGAUGGUACAACUCAUACUCAAACCCAUCCAUAUGACCCUUCAAUCGAUCCUCCACCGGCUUCCUCAACCACUUACCCAUCGAAUGAACCACCUAUUCCAGCUAUCGAAACUUCUCAGCAUGUCCCGAAGCCAUUACCUUUAGAAACCGAACCUUCACUCCGAAGAACUAGCACUGGUGGAGGCCGUGUGAUUCCCGAACGUUCACCACUCCGAAACUCCAAGCCUGUUCCCCCUCUAUUGAUAGACCAUACCAUCGAUGCGAAAUCCCCCAAUCCUGCAAAUACCACUAGCAGCACCACAAAUCCUGUCAACCCCCAAAACCAUUUCCAGACCAACCAUGACACCCACAACCAGAACCUGACAUCCAACCCAACUACCACAGAUCCCUCACGAAUACCAAUCAACAAACAACAAACACCACACAGUCCCACAAAACACAACGUCAAUUUCUCUCGUCCAGGAGGUAAGCGAGAAAGUAUUGCGAAUGCUGCACGGGGAAUGCAUGGAGCUGGGGAAGCAUUGAGAGGGAGUGUCAAUUCGGCUAUUGCGGGGGGUUUUGGAGAUCAGAAGGAUAUGGAGCAGAAUAGGGCAAUUAAAGAGCAGGGGAUGGAGGAUUUCACAAAUACCCCGGUCUACAAAACCGACAACCGCAAAAAGCCACCUCCAUCUCUUGACGAGCGAAGAAUCAGUCCGGAACUAUUCUACAAGCUAGCUGCUCUUGACGCGGAAUCGGACGCUGAAUCGGAGUCGGAGUUUGAGCAGGAUGAAUGGGAGCAUUUAUCGGAUUUUGACGACUAUCAAGAACAUAAUAGGUACAAAAACAGACCGAGAGAAGACUCUCGAGGAGAACCUGAGUUCCACUCAAGAUCCCGUUACCCCCCUCAGGCAUCGACUUAUGCAUCUAGAGAAGAGAAUUAUGGUCGCGCACCACCGAGAUGCCCUUCUCCUUCUAGGAGAGGAGAGUAUCGCAGACCCACUGCUUCUUAUCCAUCGAGAGAAGAGCGCUCUUCGGCGAGAGAAGAAUAUCGAAGACCCACAGCUCCUUAUCCAUCGGGAGAGGAGUAUCGCAGACCACAUGUUCCUUAUCCAUCCCAAGAUCAACACUACAGCGGCCGCCAAACCCGAUCUCCCUCGCCUCCACCCGCACGCGGCGCACCAUAUCCCACAUCUCGAUACGAAUCUUCCGCCUCCUCCACUUCCUAUUUGAGCGAAGCCCGAAAGCGACGCGAAGAAUUACGCAAGAUGGAAGAGGAGAGUUACCAGAGAGAGAGAUUGAGAGAGCGACUUGCGGGACGAGAACGAGAAAGAGAAAGAAUGAGAGAUCUGGAAGACAGAAUAGAGGAGAGAUUCAAUGGACUAGAAGAGCGUUUGAGAAAUCGUCUAAACCAGAGAGCGGAGGAUGAGAGAAGAUAUUAUGGUCGGGAGUCCGAGAGGAGGUACUACUAA